UGGGUGCUUGUGAGGAGGGUGUGUCUGGAUUUGCCCAACAACGAUGAGCUGUUGUGGGAAAGGAUCCCACACUCACACACACCCCACACACACACACAAUAGCAGAACGGGUUUGUCUGCUGAAGCUGGCUUAGGUAUAAGGUUCGGUUACACCUGCUGCUUCCCCGUUAGUUCAGAGGAGCCCAGGGUCGUUCACUGAAGAAGCAGGGAGAGAUGGCUGCUACCACAGCUCAGUCCAUGGGGAUGCUGCCCAGUGGAAUGGAGAUAUGCACCACAGCCCCAGAUAUAUUUUAUCUGCCAGAACUGGUGUUUGGAGGUUUGGUGUGGAUCCUGGUGGCGUCGACCCACAUCCAACCCGUGAACCCUUUGGGGUGGGUGAUGUUCGUCUCGGUCUUCUGCUUCGUCAUGACCUUCCUGUGGAUGAUCAUGUUUGCUGCUGGCUGUCACAAGAGCAGCCCCGGCUGGGCCGCUGCUGACUUUGUCUACCAUGGCCUGGCAGUGAUUUUCUACCUCAGUGCGGGAGUGGAGUUGGCUUACAUUACUUUGCUGAGAAAAUCAGCUCUGCCAUUUGGUUUUCAAUUCUACCAGAUUGAUAUUGCAGCAGUGGUGUUUGCCUUUGCGACCACACUCCUCUACUUCAUCCAUGCCAUCCUCUCCGCCAUCCGAUGGAAACACUUCUGAGGAGAACCGGAAAGAAGUGAUGCAAGAAGUACGGAGCGUCAUCGCCACACCAAAGAAAUUUACAUUUUGACAUAAAGGAUGUGCACGAAAAGGCAACACAAACAACCCAAAUCUUUUUAUUCCAGCCUUAUAAAUUCUCAUUUACAAUGUUGUCAGCAACCUAAAAGUUCAUAGGCUCACAAUAAGCUUUUGAUCUCCAUUCUGUUAUGUUGAGUUGAGGCUUUCUGGACUGGGCACCAACCAGUUUAGAGAUGUAGAAAUAAAGUUUAGAAAUGGAGAGAAAAAAUGUCUUUUUGUACGUGGUCAAGCAAAUACUGUAUAUAGUUUUAAAAAGCAUAUAGAACAAUUAAUCAGUUUGGGUGAACUGCCAUAAUUGUAGAUCUAUGGAAAUUAUAAAAAGCUAUUUCACUAGUGCAUUUCAUCAUUCAUUAUUGGAAAAAAAAAUGUUUUUCUACAUUUCAAGGAUUUGAUGUUGAUGACUGAAGUUUAAUGUAAUUAUAGAAAAUUGAAGCGAAACAAA